CAAAACCAAGACAAGACAAGACCAACAAGACGACAAGACAAGACCAACAAGCCGACACCAGCCAGCAGACGGACAGGGUGUGAAGCGAAAGCGAUCAUGCCGCCCCGCCGCAGCCGUCGCGGCAACAAAGGAGGCCGCAAGGCGGCCAAGAAAAAGGCGAUCGCGGACAAGGGAUCCAGCAGCUCGGACAGCAGCAAAACGGCAGGGGAUGAUGCGCAAGGCGUGCACGCGCUCAGCAUUGAUGCGUGGUCACUGAUCGCGCGUCACCUCACUAAAGAGUCCUUCCCCCCUGAUGGCAUGAGCCCCGACGUCAUAGCGCUGAUGCGCCUCAUGUUCACGUGCCGCUUCCUGUACGAUGAGUUGCCGUGGGCCAUGCCAAAGUGGUGGUUUGGCAGAAAGUUUGCCCACCGGCUGAUUUGCUCCUGGAUCCGACCGGCAGUUCCGUCGCACCUCACAAUCAGCAUGGACGCCGAUGGCUUCCCCACCAUUAUCACUCCCACCACCACCACCAGCAAGGAGGCUGCGGAGGCUGCGGAAGCGUGGGAGGCUGGCCGCUUCUUGGCAUACUCGAGACUGGGUGUCUGGUGGGGAUGUUCUCACCAUAUGUUUUCACGCAUGGCGCAGGAGUCAGAGUUUCGACGCAAGUUUGCGCUCUUUGGGCGCGUCGGUUUCUCGGAUGUGGUCGACAUCAAAGCAUGGGUCAACAACCCAAGGCUCAUGGCUCUUGAUCCCCCACCCAGCAGCGACACCAGCAGCGGUGCCAAAAGUCGCGCCAUCACUGCACCGCGCCCGUCACCCCUGCGCCCCGCGGAGAUCACCGUACAUGCCAAGUGCAUGUGCGAUCAAGCGAGCGACGUCCACUUCCUCUCCUUUCUUCUGCAAGCCCUGGGAGACCCCGGGUGCGGCAAGCUUGAUCUGGGUAUUGGGUCUUCUGGCUCCCAACCCCACGCGCCGUUUGGCAAGCUGGAGCGCUUCAGCAUGCGCAACGCACACAACCUCUGCAUCACUUCCUCGGAGCCCAUCGACCACCUUGACCUGGACAACGUCACCACAUUCAAGUGGACCUCCCCACAGGCGCAGGCGGAAAUCAAGGGCUCGUUUCGCCACGUGAAUGAGGUGUCCAUCAGGGGCUACGCCAGCGACCGGCGCACCAUCUCUGACAUCAGCGCUCUGGCAGGUGUUCCCAACGUCAGCUUCGAGUUCAUCACAUCCCUGCCCGACCUGACUCCACUGCAGCAUGCGCAGAGAGUAUCGCUUGACCAUGUUGGCCUGAAAAGCCUCGCCCCGCUGAAGGAUGUACCGCACCUGGAUAUCAGGGCCUGCGAUGUUGCCGCCUUUGAAGCGUUCAGCUUCACCGGCGACCGCCUUGACCUCUCCUUCGUUCAUCAGGUGACUGUGAUUCACGCGCAAAACGCCACGUGCGUGAAUGUCCGUUCCUGCAAUCGCAUGGGCAGGGUUGUGCUCGGCAGCAAGAAGCUGGAUACCCUCACCGUGAGGAAUUGCGAGCUCCUUUCGUCUGUGGAGCUCCCCAAUGCCCAGAGCGCGCGGAAGGUCGGCAUCAGCGAAUGCGAGGCACUGAAGGAGAUUGCUUUCGCCGACAUGGCACUGCUGAGCCUGGACAUCUACACAUGCGCCUCGCUCGCGUCCGUGCAACUGCAGCAGCUGCACAGCUUCGACACCAUCUGCAUCUCAAACUGCACCGGCCUCAUCGACUUCGGUGUCCACGCCACGGGAGACGUGGGUCGGCUGGAGCUGUCCGUGUGUCGUGCGUUGCGUAACGUGCACAUUCACGCCGAACAGGACGCAUCCGCUGUCGUCUGCCACGCCUGCGGCUUCACCGAGUUCACCUGUGAGGCGUCCCGCUUGCACGAGCUGCAUAUUGGCAGCUGCCCCAACAUUGCAGCGCUGCACAUACCGCACCUGCACGGCCUGCGUGAUCUCCACGUGCACGACUGCGACGCGGUGACGGCCAUUGGCGUUCCCGGCUGCAACCUGACACGCCUGACCGCAGACGCGUGCCCCAAGCUGGCCUCCCUCGAGGUGCUCUCUGCCAAGGGGCGAGCGCGCCGCAGCACGCCCCGCGCCAAGAAGGCCAAGCUCACCGCCGCCAGCUCGGGCCUCAAGCUUGCGCGCUUCAUCAUUGACCGGUGCCCCGAGCUGACGGCCAUGCCAGCUGUGGCGUCGGCGCAGGAGCUGCGACUUGGGUGCCCGCUCACCACGCCCUUCCUCGAGUCCUGCCUGCCACACGUGACGAACAUUACGCUCACGGGCGCGGCGACGGCCAACGUGGUGGGGUUGCUGCACUUGGUGCCGGCUGGGGCGAAAGUCUUGUUGCUGGACAUGAAGGCCAGCGACAUCACCUGCACCCUCCCCGCGUGUGUGCACACAGUGAGUGCAAAGGUGUCGGGCCCGUUUGAUGCAUCACGCCUUGCAAACGCGGACUACAUCACCCUCUCGUCGACCAGCGAGACCAAGCACGCCAUCACGGGCCUGUCAUCCGUGACAGGCAUCGCUGACGUCACCCUUCGGUCCUGCCAGCUGCAGAAGGGCGACAGCUUGAUUGACUGCGUGUCUGUGGAGCUCACUGACUGCGAAGGCGCGAUUCGCGUGGACGACGCGGAUUCACUCGUGGUCACUGACACCUGCCCGUCUCUGACCCUGACUGGAAUUGAUGACGUGCACAUGGAAGUCGACGAGGUGCGCGUUGACUUUACGCGCAGGGUGUCGUCCCUGGAGGUGUAUGGCGGGCGCAUCGAGGACUUUGCCGGGCUGAGCGGCGUGAACAGCCUGGCCCUGAGGGAGGUUCACUUCACCAACGUCGACUCGAUGCCCUACUUUGACACUCUCACCGUGGAGGACUGCACCGGCAAGCCGAGGCCACAGGGCAGAUCUGCCGCGCAGGCCGAUGAUCGCCAGUCGCCCUGGCCCGAUCUCCACUGCCAUAGCAAACCCCCAUCAGUGGUGCAGCGCCGGCUGAAUGGGACGAUGCUCCACGGCAUGACGGCUGCGGAAGCAUACUACGACGUCAUGGAACACCCCGACUCUGACGACGAUUUUGCGUAUCACGGUGAUGACGAUGUGUGGUUUUAGUGUGUUGUGUGUGUGUUUGUGCGCGUGUUUGUGUACUUGUGUAUUUGCGUGUAUGCUUGUGUAUUUGCGUGUAUGCUUGUGUAUGCUGGUGUCU